GUGAGAGAGAGCAGAGUCCCACAGGUGAAGGAGACAAAUAGGACAAAUCCACGGAGACGUCAGCAUCAAAUUUCAUCUCUCUGAGGCUGCGUCUCUUCCUGCCUCAUCCAACAUGCUUCGUCUACUGCUCUAUGUGACUGUGGUCCUCCAUUUUAUUACAUUUGGCUCCACGCAGGUUUGCCUGGGAGAAUCUGAGUGCGCCCUGUGCACUGUGACCGGCCCCACCGUCAUCACUGUCCAAGGCCAGGCUCACUCUGUCCAAGAUCGCUGUGUGUACACUCUGAUAAAGACCUCAUCAAUCCCAGAUGUCAAGGUUAAGGCAACAUUCAAGGAACGACGGCGUCAAGAUCACCACUUCUUGGACAGUGUGAUCCUGUCUCUGGAGGGGGAAUCAAGUGGUACAAUCAGCCUGGAACAAGGCGGGAGAGUUAAGGUGGACGACACAGAAGAGACACUCACCUCCACGGAGAAGGAUUUUCACGGUGUGACUCUCUUCAAGACCGAGGCUGGAGUGACGGCAAAGAUAAUCGAAACUACCUACUCCAUGAUCGUCUUCUUUGAUGGCUACACUGCACAGAUAUACAUUAAAGGACCGACUGGACAAGCUCCAGUUGUGGAGGGUUUAUGUGGCAACUCCGAUGGGGAGUUAAGUAACGAGAAGCUUGAUGAUGACAGUGAGGAUGGCUGUGAGACACCACACACUGACACCACUGCCAAACCAGACAACUGCGACGAAAUGACUACACACUGUAACCUCCUGACGCAGGAAUCCUUCACAGCUUGUCAUGACAACGUCGCAACAGGGCCCUACGUAACUGCCUGCACAAACACUUUGUGCCAUUAUCCUGCUGGGGACGGACUCAAGUGUCAGUUCCUGGAGGCCUACGCCAGAGCCUGCAGCCUGUACACCGAUGACAACAUUGAAAGCUGGAGGUCAAACGCCGCCUGCUCUCAAGGACCUCAGGCCUACUGUCAGGACCAGUACUGCAGUCCUGAUGAAUUCUGCGGCGAUAAGAGCAGUGGUGAUGGAACCCGGUGCCACUGUCGGGCCAUAUUUGCCUCCCCAUACAGAACUGAAGACACUUUGGGUGACCCAGCGGUCUGUGAUGGGAGCUCUCAGUCAAUUACUCUGGUUGGUUGUCUCCUGGAGGACAAAGACAUCAGCUACACUGACUUACACCUCUACGACAAAACCUGCAGAGCUGAAAAGGACGACACGACCCACCUGGUGACUAUAAGCUUCGACUCUAGCACCAACCCCUGUGGGACGAUGAUCAGGAUGAACAGUGAUGACGAAAUUAUCAACAAGAACGCCAUCAAGCUGGAGACCACUAACAAGGAAUUGGUUGACUUCACCUGCCCCUUUGUUAUUCCAGAUAUUAACAUCGAUUUCUCAGUCAACAUCAAAGUCAAAAGUGGUACCAGUGGCAGCCCUUCAGUGGCCUAUGUUACAACUGGAAUUUGGAACUACGUUCUGACCAUGAAGGCCUACACUGAUGCUCAACGCACACAGGAAGUGACCGGGGACACCAAGCUCAAACUGAGCCAGAGGGUCUGGUUCGCGCUGGUGGCAAACGGCCUGGAUGAUAAAGUUGCUUUGGUGAUACAGUCCUGCUUUGCAACCCACGAAGAUUCAGCUGAUGCAGAUCAGAAAUAUCACCUCAUCUCGGAUCGCUGUCCGAAUACUGAUGACAAAACUGUGGAAGUGGAGAGUAACGGACAGGGAACAUCCGACUUCUUCUCCUUCAGCAUGUUCCAGUUUUUUGGGGAAACCAGAGCCGUCUACCUGCACUGCAGAACAAACCUCUGUAUCAAAAGCAAGGAGGUCUGCGUCUCGAACUGCGACCAGACCAAUAGGAGACGCAGAUCUGCCAAGUCUAAACUCAAAAAUCAUACCUCAACCAUCGUCACCAUGGCCUGGGGUUCUUAGGUUGUUUCCACGGUAACUUGGAAUGGGCAACAAAGUGUGGACCUCCAGAAUGAUUCCUGAUGAAGAAUCUGGACCCCUGAAUUUCUCUGAUUUCAUGGACAACACCUUCUGAAAAGAUUAGCUCAGUUAUGAUUGCUGUGAAGCCACGUAGCACACAUAACUGUAAUUUGAGGGGUUAAUCUGAAACAUCAGUUAACUGAUGUCUGAUUCAACAGCAGCUCACAGGCAAAACCAUAGACUGUGUAUAAAGACAUACGACGCGUCUCCACUUACUCCCACUGUACAUAUGUGAAGCUAAAAUAUCCCAGAUACCGCUGCUGCCGUCUUGCUCUGGUGAUGUAAUUCAGAGCCAGAGUCUGUGCAGUAGCGAACUCCAUGGUAUCAAGUUUCCCGCCCAUAUACCUGCCCUACUUCUCAUGAGCAGUGCCACUGAAUGCGAGCCCACCGAUUGGCUCACACAGGUGUCAAUCAUAUGGUAGCAUUAAACAACUGAACAAACAGCAGCAUGAUUAGAACCAUCUUAAAUGACACAAACCAUCUUUGGGAAAAAAUUAUUUGAUGUGUACUUGUGAUGUGAGUUUUUAGUUUGACCCAUGUCCCACCACUAAAAUGGAGGAGCUGUCAUGUCAUCCAUCUUUAUACACAGUCCAUGGGCAAAAGCCCAAAACCAUAAACUGUCUGAAUGAGAGCGUCGGCCAAAUCCUUAAAAUGAGAGCAUCGAAUUAGAACUUAAGAACAGAUAAUUUCUCAUUAACAUACCUGAGCAUAUCUUUGACGGAGGUGAAAAAAUAGUUAAUCAGUGAAGGUGCAAGGGUCUUGAUUCAACAGUUAUUGGACGAUUUUUUUCUUUACACACUCCCUCUAGGAUCUCUCACAGUGUUAUCAUAAUUAUUGUGAGCAUUCUUCUGACUGGAUUUCAAUGAUUAGACUAAACUGUAAACUUUCACACAUAAUGAGGAGAUUUAUUGAAUUUGCAUUCAUUGCUGCGAUAACAAGAUUGUGAUUUCCUGGAGGGACUGAUUCUGUAAUUCAUACUUUUACUCUAUUAAUACUACUAUGGUGAAGCUUUUAAUUGUAACCAUCCUAAAGAUAGAAGAGCACAUUUUAAAGAAACAGUCUGACAGGACAUGGUUAGCUGUGUUUAGCAUAAAGACUGGAAUGCAGCUGAGUGCGAGAGGUGAGUGUCAGCUGCCUUCACUCGCUCUGUGUUUCUACCUUCAGGAAACCCACAACACAGAGGGAUAACACCCAAUAUACAGUUGUAGACAACUGUCGGAGCCUCACCUCCCACUUCUCCCUUUUCUGUGUUGUAAGAUAAACAUUUGAAAACAAAUUACUUUAGAAGAGUUUUAAAUGACUGAAGCAGUUAGCCAGUCUCCCCCAAUCACAUUUGAUUGGAUACAUUUAUGUAUGAGACAUAAAUACAUUUUACAAAAAGAGAUAAUAAAGCUCACUAAAGAACAACACUGGGGCUGAUGCGGCCACAUUUCUUAAAUUUUCUUGUAUUUCCUCUUAUGAGAAGAUGCACCACACAUUCUAAACCAUUUAAAUCUGCUGUUACCCAGGUGUGCUGAAUGAUAAAUCCCACUUGAUCACAAGUAACCUAUUAGCAUAAGUAGCACCCCUAAACACUAGAUAAGGGCAGGUGUUAUGCCAUGUGCAACAACUCUGGUACAUGCCAGAGCAAGAAUUGGAAAGAUGCCACCAAUAAAAGGGUGUAAGAAGAGGAACUUCAACAGUGGUAUCGACAUGCUGUUAAAUAAAAUGUCAACAAUGUAAACAGGUGGUUUUCCAGAAUGUCAGUACAGGUGCUACAGGAAAAUCAAAAACCCAGCAAAAAUCUUCACUUGUAAAGUAACCAGUGAUUAAAGUGAUCAACUAAUUGUAGUUGAGUAAAAAAAAAAGAAGCAAUAUUUCCCUCUGAAGUGUAGAAGAGUAGAAGAAGAAAGUGGCACGAGAUUAACAUACUCAAGUAAAAAAGUAAAAUUUUAGUCCUUGAACAUAAAAAUUAUGUUUCCUUGUUUCAGACAAACAAUUUGUAAACUUUAAAAAUGUAGCGUUUUUCUCUGAUCUUGAUAAGAGUGCUAGUGAGACAGCAAAAAAUAAGAAAACACUUGUGAAUCCAAGAAAUCAGCAGACAAAAUUAGAGCAAAACGUUGUUACAAAAAUAAGAGGAAAUUUGUUCAUAUGAUGCUUCCUGUAUAAGGGCAACUGUAUCUUAUUUGUUCAAUCUGUACACAAACUGAGCAACAACAACAACAAGUGGCUGUACUAACUUCCUGGGGGAAGACAGUUCCAGUAAGAUACAAUGUGUUAUUUGUGAGCUUCCAGUUUUAAUGCCAAGCUAAGCUAACCAUGUCCUGACUCCAGCAGUCACUGUGAAAGACUGCAACUGAAAUGCAACUUGACAACUUUUUAUCUUUACCUUAUUUUUCACAGACAGCAGCCUGGAGGCCUUAGUCCGCUGGUGACAGAAAAUCACGUCAGAUUUGAUAACUACGGACAUCAACAUGCUUAUGAUUAAUAGAGAAAGAUUAAUCCAUAAAAUUACGACUAACAAUGCUCAAACUGUGGCCUUAGUGACACCGAGACAUGCUGUUCUGCUGUAUCACUUGUCCUGUCUAUGCAUGAAAACAAAAAAAAGCAAAAAAGGGAACAUGGGUAAAAGAAAAA